GCCCGGGCGGGGCGGUGCCUACGGCGGCCGGGAGGGCCCGAGCGCGGCGGGCGCGGCGGCGGGAUGGAGUCGGUGGUCUUCAUCUUCUCGCUGAUCGACUGCUGCGCCCUCAUCUUCCUCUCCGUCUACUUCAUAAUCACACUAUCAGAUCUGGAAUGUGACUACAUCAAUGCUAGAUCGUGCUGCUCCAAGCUAAAUAAAUGGGUGGUGCCUGAGGUGAUUGGCCAUGCAGUUGUCACGGUAUUAAUGCUUAUUUCAUUGCACUGGUUCAUCUUCCUCCUUAACCUGCCAGUGGCCACAUGGAAUAUUUAUAGGUACAUUAUGGUGCCAAGUGGAAACAUGGGAGUAUUUGAUCCCACAGAGAUCCAUAACCGAGGACAACUGAAAUCACACAUGAAAGAAGCCAUGAUUAAGCUGGGCUUUCAUCUGCUCUGUUUCUUCAUGUACCUUUACAGUAUGAUUCUGGCUUUGAUAAAUGAUUGAGAAGUCGAAAGAGAACCAUUAACUGCCAAAUUGGGUCAUCACUCCAGUGACUGGUGGAGCCACAGACACCUCCCGAACACACCUAGAUCAGUGUCAUCAUGCAGUAUAUUUUUCCUCUUUGAACAAGAAAUAUUUUUCUGUAUUUUUAACAUAAAGUAUUUUCAAAAGACAUUGGAUCUGUGUAGCAGUUGUUUUUGUUCCUUUACAAGCCAAACUGCUGGAGCUGCUGUUUCUAUAAGAUGAAAUCCUUGCUUACAGAAGUGACCUCGUAAGAAUUAAAUGGUAAUCAGGGAAACUUGUUUCACCAGCAUGAGCUGGUAAUGACAGUAGUUCCAGAACACAUUUAAGUGCAGCAAUGAUACCUGAUUCUUGCUGAGAGAUGUCAGGAUGAGACUGGCUGCCAAGCUGUCCUAUCAGAACCUAAUCUGAAGGAACACUUGGAACAGAUUUCAAAGUGGAACACAAACACAGCUUGCAUCUUUGUGUUGGUAUUCUUUCCAGACAAAAAUCAAUGGAAUACAAGUUACAUUUUCCUCCCUUUCCCCACGCCCCUGCAGCAAUGUAUAUGAAGCCUUGCAUUUGGAUGGAUUAAGAUCCCUUUGGUGGACAUGACACUUGUGUGUAAGAGUGCAGAUAAACAAGAAACAUGAUUCAUACUUGCUUUUUCCAUUCAACUCCUGUUUUGUCAUUGAAGUACAUCAUGGACAUCCAGAUAAAGAUCAUAUUGCACUGGGGUGGAGUUGGUUACAGAGCAGAAGACUAUCUGCAGUUGCUAUUCCCUGAACCUGCUGUUGGCAUAGGCAGUAGGGUGAAACAAGAGGUUGUCUAGCUCAGGGAAAAGGUCUGGUAACCCAUAAUCCCACUUACUCCAAUUCUGAUGUGACUGCUUCAGUGAUACCAGCAAGUUCUUUCUGUGCAGCUCUUGCAUCGGUAAUAAGUGUAUAAACCUGAGUUUGUACUCUCACUGUCCAAUAACUGUCUUUAAGUUUUUUUAUAUGUGCUUGCAAAAAGGUCUCUUGGAACAAACAUCAAUUAAAACACUUUAAAAA